AUGCUAGAGGAAACUGCAACAGAUGAAAAUCUGCCGAAUGCCAAUGUGCGGACUACGCUGCAGUCCCUGUUGAGACGAUUAUGGAAUUGUGAGCGCUUCGAGCUGGAGCGUGGCAGUGCCAAGGGAGACAACUACUUAGGUGUGGUCUGGCGGGUGCGAAUCUUUGAAACAUCGACGCCUCGCAGUUUGAUUUUGAAGCUGCCGCCACAGAAUCGUGUGCGCCGAAAGCAAUUCUUUGCACGUCCCUGUUUUCUGCGCGAAACCCUCGCCUACGAACACUUCUUGCCGCUGACACAAGAAUUUCAGGCUAAACAUGGCAUACCAAUUGAAAAACGUUUCAAUCAUCACGCUCAGUGCUAUGGCAGCUCAGAUGUGGAGAACGAUGAGUGCAUAUUUCUGGAGGAUUUGUGCUCCAAUGGGUAUGCAUUGCACGAUCGCUUCGCUGCACUGCCCACAGCACAUGUGGAGCUAUUGAUGCGUGUCUAUGGCAAGCUGCACGCAGUGUCCUUGGCAAUGAAGCAACAGGAGCCGGCACGUCUGCGUUUAUGCCAGAGCAUGGUGGAUAUAUUUGAGCAACGCAAGGAGGAUGCCGCACUGGGCGCCUAUUGCGAGGCCCUGAAGCUGAAUGCACGCCAAUCGCUGUGCGCCAAACAGGAUGCAGAGUAUGUGCGUCGUCUUGAUGCCUAUUUCGCACGCGGCACCUUCUUUGAGCUCCUGCUGCCUCUGGUGAAUGCGGCCAACUGUGAACCCUAUGCUGUGGUCUGCCAUGGCGACUGUUGGAACAACAACAUCAUGUAUCAGACGACCCCUGAGCUGGUGGUGUCUAAUGUGCGGCUAAUCGACUGGCAAUUAAUGCGCUACGCCUCACCGGUAACCGACUUGGCGUACUUUUUUUUCACCUGCACCACACACGAGUUUCGCGUCCAGCACUUUGAACGCAUGCUGGACGUGUAUUAUGAGGAACUGACGCUGCACCUAACAAGGCUUGGUGCAAACGGCAGCGAACUAUUUCCACGCAGAGAGUUUGAGGCGCAGCUACAUGAGAAAUUCGCCGUGGGUUUGCUGCUUGCCAUGAUGGUGCUGCCGAUCGUGACAAUGCGGGGUGACGAUGUGCCCGAUCUGCAGGCGAUUAGCGAGCAUAUUGAGGCUGGCAAUACCACCAAUCUGGAGGAGGUUGGCUUCCUGGGCACAGGCAAUGAGGCCGAAUACAAUCGACGCAUGCGCGGCGUCAUUUUGACAUGCGUGGACAAAGACUAUAUAUAACAAAGAAUAGAAAUAAGUACGCACCAGCAA